ACGCACCAUUCCUAUUGAACAUUGAAGCAAGAUAAUCAUUGUCACUCAGUUUUUAUUGUGAAACGACCUCGUGUUUAAGAUAAAAAUCCUUAAAACAUAUUCCAAUCAAUAUUCUUUCAGUGAGAAGUCGUUCACUUUGGGCACCUGUUUGACCGGAAUUGCUAAAUGUGAAGGUUGUUUAGGUUUAUAGGUUAACGGCCUCCGAAAGUUGUUUUGGAACUCGUAUUAUGUUUGAACUUACUAAUGUUAGUCAAAUGUUAUUUCUCUGUACCCAGAUAACCCCUUUUUGCGCUCUUAUACAUUUUUACGCUGCGAAAGGCUAUAGGGUAUUAUGGUCUAUUCGUAGGUCUUUUCAGUUUUUAGAUGAUGAAAUGUUUAGAUUACUUUACCCGAUUUAUGUACGACCACAUUUAGAAUAUGGAAUUCAAGCAGCGAGUCCUUGUUUCAAGUAUGAAGCAGAUAUGCUGAAAAGAGUCCAACGACGAGGUACUAAGAUGGUACAAGGUUUCUCUGGACUAUCUUAUGAAGACAGAUUGAGACACCUCAACUUAUUUCCGUUAUCUUACCGUCGAAUACGAGCGGUCCUGAAGUUUACACGUACAUUAAUACGACAUAAAUGCAAAAGCCCUUUGCUGUAACACAUAGUGAUCUUCAGGAUAUUCUGCAAGAAUUUAUUGAUGAGUUAGUUGACUCAUGUUUGAUGGAUGGAAUUUUAACAAUGCAUCGUGCGAUAAAAUUAGGAUAUUUCCAUAUUAUUGCUCCUGAACAAAAUCCAAACUUAUCGGAUAAUCUUGGCAAUGUUUCUUCGAAUUCAGGCUCUGGCAGAGACCCUAGCAAAACUGCUAGUUGCUGUCGAUGUGGGAAAUGUAAUUGUAAGGUUGCUGCUACACGUUAUGCUGUCCAUUUAUCUAAUUGUAUGGGAUUAGGAAGAAACAGUUCAAGAAGAGCCAACAAGCGCAUAGCAGAACAACAACGUUUAGAAGAUGAUGAUACCGAAACUGAGGAGAAUUUCUUGGAGUCAUCUUCGGGAGACAUGAUCUCGUACAAGAACUCAGCAACAUCUGACCAACUAGAAUGCAAAUAUUCUAACGGAACAGCUAAUCAUCAUCGAUCACCCUUAAAACUGACAAUCUCUUUGGUACCGGGUUCUGGGAAGCUAGAUCACUCUUCCAAACAUUCAAAUAGACAACUUGACCCAACGGCUGGUGGUAAUGAAUACAGCUGUCUGGAUGAAAAUAAUUCAUUAAGAACCACCCAGAGUUCACAUCUUAAAUCAAACUUACCGACCGUAGUGAGUGAAUCCAGCACUUGAUAGAAAGUUGGAACGACUUUCUGUCUAUUAGAUGAAAUUUACGUGAAGCAUUAAGACCAUUACCUUUUGACUGCGUUUUACAAUAUGAAGUUUGUAAAUAAAAAGUAUUCUGUGAUUCUA